UGGCGCCCGCUGGGGAAAUGGAUGCUCUGCAGGUCCGCGGGCGCCGGGGGCGGGGAAAGCACUCGCUCGGCUGCGCGCUGGCCCCGCCCGGGACCCGGCCCGAGCGCGGGGCCGCCCCCUUCCUCCUUCGCUGGCGCUGGGCUGAGCCCCGAGCCGAGAAACGGAGUCGGCCCUGAGCUCCCAGUUUGGUUUUUGGGUGGCGGCAGCCUGAGGAGGAACAUGGCGCUCGUAGGCAACGGAGCAGAGCUGGAGGCGGACGAGGACAUCUUUGAAGAUGCAAUGGAAACCAUCUCUAUGUUUUCUCGCACAGAUAUGGCAACAAGCAGCCGUCCCUUUGCAUCCUUUGAUACAAAACGGGCCUCUGGACGGCUCGGAUCGUCUAAUGUGAGCAGGUCAACAUCAAACAAGGUGGAUCUCAAGUGUGGCCUAGAAGAAUGUGCGGUGGCAUUGAACUUAUUUCUAAGUAACAAAUUUACAGAUGCCUUAGAAUUGCUUCGACCGUGGGCUAAGGAGAGUAUGUACCAUGCCUUGGGCUACAGUACUAUUGUGGUGUUGCAGGCGGUCAUGACCUUCGAGCAACAGGACAUCCAAAACGGCAUUUCUGCCAUGAAGGACGCAUUACAAACCUGCCAAAAAUACAGGAAAAAAUGCACGGUUGUAGAAUCUUUCUCAAGUCUUCUUUCUAGAGGAUCACUGGAACAGCUGACUGAAGAGGAAAUGCAUGCCGAAAUCUGUUAUGCCGAGUGUCUCCUACAGAAAGCAGCACUCACGUUUGUGCAGGAUGAAAAUAUGAUCAACUUCAUCAAAGGUGGACUCAAAAUUAGGACAAGUUACCAAAUAUAUAAAGAAUGUCUUUCUAUCCUGCAUGUAAUUCAGAAGAACAAAGUUGAACAGCAGUUCUUCUAUGAGUUUGAAGGGGGUGUCAAGCUUGGAAUAGGUGCCUUUAACUUGAUGCUCUCCCUUUUACCAGCACGGAUUAUCAGACUACUAGAAUUUAUAGGAUUUUCAGGAAACAGGGAGUUGGGCCUCCUGCAGUUACAGGAAGGUGCAUCCGGAAGAAGCCUGAGGUCUCCACUAUGCUGCUUAACUAUACUAGCUUUUCAUACUUACAUCUCCCUCAUCCUUGGUACAGGAGAAGUGAAUGUUGUGGAAGCAGAGAGUCUCCUUGCACCCUUCCUCCAGCAGUUUCCAAACGGCUCCCUCAUGUUGUUUUAUCAUGCCCGGAUAGAGCUGCUGAAAGGGAAUGUGGAAGAGGCACAAGAGAUAUUUCGAAAAUGCAUUUCAGUUCAAGAAGAAUGGAAACAGUUUCACCAUCUCUGUUACUGGGAGCUGAUGUGGAUUUAUGUAUUCCAACAAAACUGGAUGGAGGCAUAUUAUUAUUCUGAUCUGCUUUGCAAAGAAAGUAAAUGGUCCAAGGCAACAUAUGUGUUCUUGAAAGCUGCAAUUUUGAGUAUGCUUCCAGAGGAGGAUGUAGUAACAACUAAAGAGGAUAUAGUAACUUUAUUCAGACAGGUGGAUAGUUUGAAGCAGAGAAUUGCAGGGAAAUCUAUCCCUACUGAGAAGUUUGCUGUAAGGAAGUCUCGUCGUUACUCUGCCUCGUUGCCUGCACCCGUGAAGCUCAUCGUGCCUGCCCUGGAAAUGAUGUAUGUCUGGAAUGGUUUUCCAAUAGUGAGCAAGAGAAGAGACCUUUCCGAAAAUCUGUUGGUCACUGUCGAAAAGGCUGAGGCUGCUUUACAAAAUGAAAACAUAAGCGACUACUCCGUGGACGACGACUGCUUAGUGAAGCUGCUGAAGGGCUGUUGCCUGAAGAACCUACAGCGGCCCCUGCAGGCCGAACUGUACUUCAAUCACGUCAUCCAAAGUGAAAAGCUACUGAAGUAUGAUCACUAUCUAGUGCCAUUUACUCUGUUUGAGUUGGCCUUUUUGUACAAAAGCCAAGGGGAAAUUGACAAGGCCAUAAAGACCCUAGAAACUGCAAGAAACAACUACAAAGAUUACUCCAUGGAGUCCAGGCUACACUUCCGAAUUCAGGCAGCUCUUCACCUCUGGAAAAAAACUUCCUCCGAUUGAUCAGAACACGAAGGAUGGAGUUUCCCCUCAGUUAGCACUGACAUAUGCUCUAGAUUAGACCUUGUAUUAAAGUGGAAAAGUGAUCUUGUGAAUGAGAGACAAAAAACUAAUUUUAUUGUCAAUAUUUUUUAUCAUCUGUAUGGUUUACUGUUGGUCUGCAUAAAUGUUUUUUUUUCUUAUGAAACGAUGUUCAAUGUUCAGUACUGUCUAGAAAAUUCUUAUAUUUUGCCUCUCCAAAAAGAAUUUCAUAUUAGAUUUGAAUUGGAGAGUAAAGAAGUCUUUUAAAGGACUCACAGGUACAAUAAAGUCUGAUUAGAUUAUUUAUUUUUUUAAUGUGGAAAUUUAUGUUUAAGUAGCAAAGCGCUGAUAAGUUGAGCCAUUUUUAGAUUUGUUGGUCAGAGAUAUUUUGUUGCCUAGUAUUUAAAUUUAAGAGGGGAAAUAAAAAUCACCUACAUUCAAAAUAGAUUAACAAUAACCUGAAGUCUCCUGAGCAAGACAGGCAGUGGGUGUGAAUAGGGAUAGGAUAGUGUCCUUAAUGGGUUGAAGGGAACUGUUUCUAGAAAAGAUGGUGAAAUAUUAGGUUUUGGGUUUUUUUUUAUUCUUCAUGUAAGUUAAAGGUGGUGACAUUUUUGAGUGACUAUCCUUUUUUUGAAUGUACUUAAAUCUAUUAUAAUAACAAAAUUCAAAAAACUCUGUCUAAAGGGAAGAAAAGUCAUAUUUUAGAAAUUAUCCUCAACCUUAGCCAUGAGAGUCUAAAAUACAUACGUUGAUUAUUUUUUCUAUAGGAAGCAAAGUUCCUGCUGCUUUAAAUGGUAUGUAAAAUAUCAAUAAUUUUUAUACUCAUGAUGUUGGUGAGUAAGAUCUAAUUUUCUAAUCUAUCUAGCACUGUGAUGGUUCCUUGUAAAUAUCUGGACCACGCUUUGUCCUUUAUCUGGGAAACACAAUCAGGGCAGAAUGUGGGGGAGAGCCUGGCUCUGGUACUGCUUAGCAGUCACUGAGGUGACCUUUAGGGAGCCCCCUGCUCUCUGCAUCAGCAUAUUUUCCUCAUCUGUGAAAUGGAAAAAGAACAGAUGAAUUUUCAAGGUCUCUUUUGGUUUUAUAACUGUGAGUCUGUGUAUUAGGCAUUUUCAGCAAACAGUGUCAAACUGUUUAACUCAAGCUGUUAGCACAAAGUGCGUGUCUUAUUCUACAAUCAUCUCUGUCUACCCCCACUUUGCCCCCCAUAUGUUGGGGUUAAUGACAGGAUUGCAUCCAGGGCGAGGAAAAAUAAUUCAUGGAUCCAUAAAUCAGGGUGUGGUCCUAUUUCUGUUCUAUUUUGAAGAGUAACUUAUCAUGGAAACCUCUGUAGUUUAACAGAACAUCCCCAGAUUGGGAUCUGGAGCCCACCUGUGGUAGUUAGUAAUUCCUUGACGUCGAUGGAGUAAGUCCUUCAUUCUUUCUGUGACUCCAUUUCCCCAGGAGGGGGGGGCGCGAAAGCAACACAAGUGCUUGGUGCUCGUGGCGGCUCAAUUAGAUGAUGCGUAGGAUAGCUUUUGGUAAACUGUGAAAGUCUAUAUGAAUAUAUGAGUUGCCGUAAUAAUUAGGGUUUUUAUGCACUGAUUACAAUACCAACACAAAAAUAUUGGCUGAGUUUGUGGCCUCUGCUGUAAAAUGAAGGAAGUGCAGAAAUUCAAGCACCUUUAAAUUUAUUCAUGUGUUUGUCACUGACAAUAACCCAGAGUAUGAAUUUGCUCCUUGCUGUUCAUUCCCUGCUACGUGAGUCUGUACCCGGCAGGUAUUUUGGUCUUGUUUUCUUUAAGGUGCUAAUUCUUGACCAAUACUGAAGAUACGUUUCCAGUGGAAGAUGAUUAAUACAACUUGAGUCAGAGAACUAGCCCUUCAGAGAGCAUGGUGGGAGCUCUCACUAUGUGCUAUUAAUAUGAAUUACGUAGCUUUAUUUUAGGUCCAGGCGAGAGGAAAUAAAAUGAACUGUUAUUACAAUAUCAGCAGUGGAAAUAUGUUUAAUAAUUAUUUUGUAUACAACUUGAGAAAUAGGUUAUAAAUUCCAUAGAAGAGCUUUGGUAGCAUUACUUUUUUAAAGUAUAAAUACACCCACGUUGUUUUUGUGAGAAGCUGCAGGUCAGAGCGAAAGUCAGUAAAAACUUAUCUUUCUGGUAUAAUUUGAAAACUAUAUGAGCUAUUGCGGUUAUUUUUAUUUUAUUUUAACUCUGCGUUACCAAACAAAUAUAAAAGAAAUUCCUGUAUCUCAUUAAAAUUUGUCUUUUAUUUUUUUCUUCUAUUGUUUUUAUUUUUACUUCCUCUUCUUCUUAUUUAAGUUCAAUUAACCAACAUAUAGAACAUCAUUAGCUUCAGAUGUAAUUCAGUAAUUUAUCAGUUGCAUAUAACACCCAGUGCUCAUCACCUUAAUGCCAGUCACCCAGUUACCCCAUCCCCUCACCUACCUCCCCUCCAGCAACCCUCAGUUUCUUUCCCAUAGUUAAGAGCCUCUCGUGGUUUGUCUCCCUCUCUGGUUUCUUCCCAUUCGUUUUUCCCUCCCUUCCCCUGUGAUCCUGUGUGCUGUUUCUGUCAUUCCUCAUGUGAGUGAAACCAUAUGAUAAUUGUCUUUCUCUGAUUGUCCUGUUCUUUUUAUAGUUACCUGAUAAUAUGGAUAAUCUAUCCAUUGACUGUUUAAUUGUUGUAAUAUCAUAAACACUACAAAUAUUUAUCUGUUUCCUGGCCUGUUCCUGAUACCCUGGUGGCAUGAGUUUCAUGUGGCAUCAGCUAAUAUUGCAUUUUUGGAGUUACUUUGGAUUCAGGGUGCUUUGUGAAGAAUGAGUGCUGAAGUGACAAUAUUUUAUCUAAUGUUUGGAGGGGCAUAUGGGAUGGGUUUGGGCUGCCAAUGUGUCUGACAGUUUGUGCAAUUUGUGUAGUUUUUCGUAUAAUUUUCUUUUCUUUUCUUUUCUUUUUAAAUGGAGAGCCAGGGUUUUGAUUAGUGCUGUACAAAUUUUAAGACUGAAGCAGAGGUUCUGCUUUGUAGGAUCAGUGACAAGAAGGGCAUUAUUGAUAAUUAAUGGAAGGUUAACUACAUCAGCUCCUAUAUGAACAUAUAUUUGCAUGUUUCUGUGCUUCUCCUGGAUACAAGAAAGUCUCAGGAUACAUAGGAAAAGGAAGGUCAUUGAUUCUGUUUCCUCUCCAAGUGGGUAGAAGCUGUAGGGAGGUGAACUUCAAAUUAAUCAGUGUCAAGGAAUAUUUUUAAUCACUGAAGCAAUCUAACAGUAUAACUGUCUCUUUGGCAAAGUGGGCAGGUUAGCAGCGCUAUGUGACUGUCAUUCCUACCUGGCCUGGGAACUUAGAGGUGAACUUUGAGGUCACUCUAUGAGUCUUUGAUAAGGGCUUCAAAUCAGUGGGAUGUAUAUACAGAAGGCUUCCCCCCUUCUGAAGACAAGUGAGCAUCUUCUUUUGAUGCUACUGGAAACACAGUUACGCUGUGAUAGGCACUAAUAGUCCCUGUGGUCAUUAUGGUUCUACUUCUCAUCCUUCCUUCAAAGUGACUGAAAAUAAUAAUUGAAAAGGUCUUUGUGACUAACUGGAAAAAUUUUUGAAUUACUCUGAUUAAUGCUUCCUUGACUCUUCUUUUUACAUAUUUCUGUUUUUCUCUUAUUCUCUCCAUCUUUAUAAAUCAUAAAUUCAAAUGCAUUUAGUUAAAAUGAGUUAAUGAAGACUCCAGUGAUCGUUUAGAUGCCCUAAGAUUUUGUGAUUCAUAGGGCCUGGAAUGGGUCUUGGGAAAUGAUCUCCUCCCCUCUGCCCACCCCGCCAGCCUCUGGAUGGUGUUGUUUCCCCUCAGUCCUAGUCUGUCCACUAUGGUGGCCACUGGCCCCAUGGGACUCUUGAGCCCUUGAAAUGAGGCCAGUGGCCUGUGUUGGAAUGAUGCCAAGUGUCAGGGAGUGCUCAUUUAUAUGUGCUGCAGUUCUGUUUAAAGAAAAGGCCUCCCAAAAGCAUGCUUCCUGGAGUUCUGGCUUUUACUUGCUGUCUACUAUGAUCACCCAAUCACCAUAGGUGUAUUUUCAAUUCUGGUUCAAAUAUGUAUCUGUGAGGUUUGCUUUUUCUGAAGUUCAAGUGCCCAUCAUCAUUUUAUUCUGCAGAUGAUCAAGGUCAUCUUUGAUCCUUCUCCACUCUCCCAGAGCUCCUCAGAUAUUAGACUGAGACUUACUUUUAACAUUAUUAUUUUAAUCUGAUUUUACAAACAUUCCUCGCUUUUUCAGAUGCAACAGCACAAACUAUUAGAAUUGUAGAAUGACUCACCUUUGAGAUAUUAGUAGGUUUUAUGAUUAAAAUUAUAUAUAUAUAUAUAUAUAUAUUUUUUUUUUUUCCCCUUUAAGUAGGCUCCACACCCAGUGUGGGGCCCAACAUGGGGCUUGAACUCAUGACCUGAGAUCAAGAGCUGAGCUGAAAUCAAGAGCUGGAUGCUUAAUUGACUGAGCCACCUAGGCACCCCUAAAAUAAUAUUUUCCAAGGUUAACAUUAUUCUGAAGAAUUUGGUGUCCAAUAUUGAAACAUUACUAAUGUUUCAACAUUGACAGCUAUGCCAAUAUGACUAUUUAAGGAAUAUUAGGCCUUAGUUACCCACUGAUAAUUUGGCAGAUAGUUUAUUUAACGUUAUACAUUUUAAGCCUUUUGGUGCCUAUUAUUAAUAUUUUUAUUGUGUAUGAUAUACUUAAGUGAUAUGUAUUCAUGUAAUUGACAUAUUUUUAAUCUCUGUAGACAUGUCUAGAUCAGAUAGGUAGGUAGAUAGAAAAUAGCUUAUAAAUAUGAAAUGGACAAUGUUUUAUCCUGCUCUUUCAGAAAGAGUGGUGGAUUUUCUCCAGAUUGUCUCCCCUCCUGCAGACCAGUUAUUUAUAUAUUUUUCUUUAUGUAUUUGAUUGCUUGUUUGAAACCCUGUUCCCACUUCCCAUUGUUGAUAGCUUUGUCUUUUUUAUAUCUGCUGUUAGAUUUCAUUACUUCAGAUUGUUGAACUUGAAAUGUAAGGAAGGACACAUCAGAAUUUAUCAUGAGGGAGAAUACCUUCUCUGUUGAGCAGUUGCUAUCUGAUUUUGAUGGCGUGGAAGUCCAUUCCAAUCUGUUUAUGACUUGAAAACUGCAGAAAGAAAUGUUGUAAGUACUAGUUAGUGGAUUCAGAAGGCUGAGCAGGUUCUUGGCCUGAUCCAUCCCAAAGGGCUGGGUGGAUCUAGCUUUGGUAGAAGUCUAACCCCCAUUCUGUCCAGUUUAUAAAUGUAUGAGACAGUAAUACUGUAACCCGACCUUGCAUGGAAAAAUCCAGCAGCCGCCUCACUGUAUUUAAUAAAGAAUGCAUACAGAUACCUACAUCAGGUAUUUAAUAGGAAAUCUCAAGGUACUUUGAAGUAUAAUGCUAAGCUUUAUAAAGUAAAACUUGUAUGUUAAUACACCUUGUAUGUUAAUCCAGUAGUUCUUAGAAACACACAGUUUAAGUGAUGAAUGUAAGGGAUGCUGGCAUAUCCCAGUGGGAGCUUUGGUUUUAUUGCUACUUAAUAUUUUCGAGUAAAUUUGUUUUAAUUAUUGGUAGUCUGUUGGACACUAUUUAGGAAAAAAAAAGUUGGUCUCAGUGUAACAGAACUGAUAGCCAGAGAAAUUGGAUACAAUGAACAUGUUAAAGAAUAUUGCUUAUUAUUUCAGUUUUAAAGGAAUUCUGUUAUUUUGAAGUGCUGGAAAGUCUUCCUCAAUUUGAAGGGAUGACACUCCCUGCUUGGGAAAUCAUACAGACAUUUUAAUUCAUUCUUGUCUUUACUGGAACCAAGUAUCCAGGUUAGUAAAUGAGUUUAAACAAUUUUCAUUAAUUAUUUCACUUUUUACCUGAAAUGAUUUUAUUCUUCAUAGUAGACAGUUGCUUUCUAAACAGUGAUUUGUUUUUUAAGGAAAUACUUUACAUGAAAAGAGAGAUUACAGUAAACAUAAAUCUUAGGCUAUUGAUUUAAUAGCUGAAGAAAACAGUACCAUUGGGUACUUUGAUUUGCAAAAGGGGAACACAUGUGUUCCACUGAUAUGUGCUGUCCAGAAAAAUGACUUCAUUCUGAACCAGUGUGUCAUAUUCCCAUGUUGUCUAAGGGGAAAAUUUUAUAAGUAGGUAGUUUAUUAUUUAUUCUUUUUUUCCCUUGGCUAACUGUUGACAUCCAAACACCCGAAUGAAUACCAGCUGAGGCAUUUAUAUGCUAGUGUUUUAAAUAUUUAUUUGCAAAUAUUCAUAGAACUCUUGAAUUUUUUGAUGCACGUUGCUAAAUCAGAUGUAAAGGUAAAAUAUAUAUUUAAUAAGUGAGAAGUAUUAUUUUAUUACUGAAAUUUAUUUCUAAAGCAAAUUUAUUUUGUAGGUAUUUCACUUGGGAAAUUUUGCUUUGCCUUAAAACACAAACAAAAUAAACCUGUCUUGUGAUCUGCUUACCUAAAAACCCUUAAUGUUACCUUGCCAUGUAGGUGGAUUUUGAAAUUCUUUGAAAAUCUGUAUUUUUCACUUUCAUUUGGAUUAAACAAAAAUAGUUAGAGGUCAUAGACUUUGUAAAUCAGUGUGUGGUUUCCUGUUGAAUCAUCAAAGCUACCUAUAUGUACUUUAUAAUUCAAUGUUUUAUUAGUAAAAACUGCCAACAUUUUCUGUCCCUCUUUCUCAUCUCAUUACACUUGAACUUAGUUUCCUGUCUUUUCCAUUCCCAGUGGUCACGGUUUUACAGAGCAAGACAUUUUUAGAAAUUGAAGAUGUGUGAGUUUUAUGUAAGAUGAAUGUGUUAGUAGCAUCCAUCUGCUGAUCAAAUAGGCAUUGGAUCUGGUACCAGAAAGUGAAAUAGAUUGUAACUAUAAAAGCAUUUUAUCAAUGUAAGUCAGGAAGAAAGAAGAAAACUGUGAACUUCUGAUAUUUUUAAUAUGAAAACUGUGUUCCGAGUGAGUAUUUGCUUGCUGCCUUUGUGUUAAUGUUAUCACCUAUGAUUUGUAAGCUAAUGCUGAUAUGACAUCCACAUUUUCAACAUGAAGACAACAGUUCCUGUAGCAUAUUUUUAACAUUAAGACAUUUUUGAAAACAGAUGUCAUCUUAGAAGUUGUAUUUUUUAAGUGCAAAUAAAUCAUCCCAACUUGAAAGUCAACAUGCUUUAUUUUUCAUUCUUUAGUAUUACAGAAUACUCUGCAUUAUUAGAUGCAUGUUUAAGUUGCCAGGUAUUCUCAGAAUUCUAUAUUCUCAUAUUGCUACAACUCCUUUACCUACAAUGUGCAAUUGAAUUGUUAUAUAUAUAUAUUUUUUAAAGAUUUUAUUUAUUUAUUUGACAGAGAGAAACACAGCGAGAGAGGGAACAGAAGCAGGGGCAGAGGGAGAGGGAGAAGCAGGCCUCCCACAGAGCAGGGAGCCCGAUGCGGGGCUCGAUCCCAGGACCCUGGGAUCAUGACCUGAGCCGAAGGCAGACGCUUAAUGGCUGAGCCACCCAGGUGCCCCGUUAUAUUGUUAUUUAAGUAAAUUCCACUUGAUGAAAUUAGUCUUAUUAUGGUUGGUCUACACCAACACAACAUCUCUUUUGCUGGUUUCUAAUUGUAAUGUGAUGGACACUUAACUUUUUGUUUCUUGGUAACACUUUUUAAAACCUUUUCAGGCAAAUGUGAAGGCCUCUCUUUAUGCCAUGUUCUUGACUGACCAUCAGGCAUAAAGAGAUAAAUGGGAUGGCACAGUUGUCUUGAGGGAAGAUUACCUUCUCUUUCAUCUUUUUAUAAUCUAUUUCAUAGUUUAGAGGUUUAGAUUAGGUGCUAAUAUGUUCAGUUUAAGGAGGAAUUUUUAGCAUUCAGUGUAACACAGUGGAAAAAAAAUUGGCUUGCUGAUUUUGCAAGGUUAGUAGUGUCAGAAUCAGGAGGUCUGUAUUUGAGGGUGGACUUGUGAUCCUGUUCCCCAGCAACUUCACUUCUCUGAACUUUGCCUAACCCCUCUGUAUAAUGGGGACAAUUUCCCUACCUCAUUCAACUGCAGGGAAGAUCAAACAAGGAGAUACGUAAGAACCACCAACAGGUAACCUGGCGUAAGAUGCUUUCUUCUACUCCCUUGCACAAGUUAGGGUAAGCUAACAUCUGUCACAAAGCAGGUGUUCCUGCCAGUGGGUGACUUUUCAUGUUGUGAUUCAGUAACCCAAGUUCUGUGUGGCUCUGCUGUCUUCAGUUCAUGGCUGCUAAGGUCACUCUGUCCUUUUGCAUCAAGCUGCCAAAGGGGGAAAAGCAUGGAGGGUUGUGUGAAGGAGGUGGUGCAUGUCAUCUGUUCACAUUCCAUUGGCUAGAGCUCAGUCAACUUGCUUCACCGCAUGAUGAAAUAGGCAGAGGAUUGUAGUCUGUGUGCUCAGGUGCCCUAAUUCUUUACUCAUUUUUAAAUUUCAUUGCCUCUUUAUUGUUGAGUGGUAAGAUUUCUUUAUUUAUCCCGGAUACUAGACCUUUGUCAGAUACAGGCAUACCUUGUUUUGUUGUGCUUCGCUUUAUUGUGCUUCACAGAUACUAGGUUUUUUACUAAUUGAAGGUUUGUGGCAACCCUGCAUUGAAUAAGUCAUUUUUCCAACACUAUUUGCUCACUUUGUGUCUUUGUGUCACAUUUUGGUAGCUCUCUCAUUUCAAACUUUUUCAUUAUUAUUGUUCGUCAUGGUGACCUAUAAUCCGCAAUCUUUAUUGUUACUAUUGUCAUUGUUUUGGGGUGCCACCAUCCCACCCAUGUAAGAUAACAAACUUAAUAAAUGUUGUGUGUGCUCUGUUAGCUCCACCUACUGGCCGUUCACAUCUCUUUCCCUCUCCUCAGGCCUCCCUAUUACCUGGGACACAAUAAUGUUGAAAUGAGGCCAGUUAAUAACCCUACAACAGCUUUUA